CAAGCCGAGAGCGACGCUGACAAGGCCUAUUGGCGACCGCGCGACCGACGUACGGACCGACGAACGAUGGCGACGACGAUUGACGCGCCGGAUCGGAUCGGCAAGGACAACACGCUGACGGCCAAGCUCGCGGGGCUGGACCCGCUCGAUGCGGCCCGGCGCCUGGGCGACGGCCGGGUGCCGUGUGCGCGGAGCAGCCUGCUGCUGGGCAUGGGCACGGCUGGCGCCGUGGCGGGCGUCGGCCUCGUGGCGCGGCGCGGCAUGCUGAGGAGCGCCAAUUGGGGCGUGGGGGCGUUUGUGUUUGUGAGCCUUGUCAGUUGGCAUACGUGCCGCAGCGCAAGGCGGCAGGAGGCCAAACGGAUGAAGGUCAUCGUCGAGGACUUUCAGAAGAAGCGGGGGGAGCGGGCAGCGGCGGCAGGCGAGGGCCGGUGAGGAGGAGACCCAUUCGAGCGCAAGAAAGGCGAUGUAGUGCUCGAUCGAGGUUGGGCUCUGCAAAUUGAAGAAGUCGUCCGGAAGCCCCCAGCACCGAAGCCAGGGGUGAAGACGAGCGCGCGACUUCAAGUCAGCAGGGGCCUGCGCUGAGGAAUGGACCCUCAGUCAAGCCAUAGAUGUGGAAGGAUCUGAUAUCAGAAGAAGAUCAAGAACGAACAAGAACAGCAGAGAGGAAAGGACAGACGCUGCGAAGGAGGCGAAAGAUGGCCCUGCUCUCAGUAACACGAUGUAUAGUACCACGAUUCAUACACUUCUUAUCAAUGGAGCUCCCCCUCUGGGACAGUCGAGAGUCUCAUGUCUCGACUUCUGAAGAGUAAUACACCCUUUCAACUCUC